AUGGAUGACAUCAUUGUGAUGGCACACAGCCAGGAGGAGGCUCUCCAAGCCCACAACACAACCCUCUCCACCCUAGCCAACCUCAGCUGGGUGGUCAACUGGGACAAGUCUUCACUCAAGCCCAGUCAAGCAAAAGAGUUCCUGGGCCUCAUCAUCAACACCACUUCAGAGCCACAGUUCCAGAACAACUGGGACAGCCAGAUCCAACUGACACCAGCUGUGGUCUGCGAUCUCAAGGAGUGGUCAAUCAGCCUCACCAAGUGGGAUGGCAGGGUGGCAACACUGCAUCCAUUUGAUGAAGUUCUUGACACCAAUGCCUCCCUUGGUGGCUGGGGCGCAGCCCUGAAGGGCUUGAGCACUACUUCCAUGGGCUGGUGGAAGCAGCUGGGCCAUCACAUCAACAAGCUGGAGCUCAAGGCAGUCCACCAUGCCAUCAAGUCCCUCCUUCCCCUCCUCAAAGGGUCCUUCUCUGGUGUGACAAUGUGA